AAAGAUUUUCAAAAUGCCUGUUGAUUUGGGAAUUGUGGAUUCUGAUCAAGAAAGAAGAAAUAGAAGAAGAAACAGAAAAAAAAGAAAUGAUGGAUCAAGUCUCGAGGGUUCAGAGGAUCAAGAAAUGAGAGAAAGACCGAUAAAUAAACAGGGGUUAAAUUCCGACGCGGAAAAUGAAAAAAGAAAGGAAAGAAAGAAAAAGAAUAAGAAAAUUGGAGAAGAAGCGGAAGGAAAAGAAAAACGAAAAACAAGAAAGAAAAAGCUGAAGAAACUUGGAAUUGACAAUUCUGCAUAUGAGGAGGACGAGGAUAACGUUGGUGAGGACAGGGAGAGAACAAAGAGGACAAGAAGAAAGUUGAGGACGGAUCUGUCGUCGGAGGUCAUUUUUGAGAGUCAGCUCACAGCAACAUUGCAAGGUUUGGAAGAUGACCUGUACAGUGUAUCCGGAGAAGGAGAUUUAUCAACUUUAUCUCCCUCUCCUCUUCUCCAUAACUUCCCUCAGUCUGAGCUCGCUCCAAAACUAUAUACGGAGCAUCAGGGAAGAUUUUCUGGAAUUACAAAGAAGAAAUUAGCAGCAGUUUCCACCAUCUCUGCCAUAUCUCCUUCCAUCUCCACUACUCCACUAGAUCUAGCAAUCUAUACCCAGAAGGCUUUCAGAUGUAUAAGUAUUUACUGCCAUGGAUUUCUAGCUGGGCUGGGGGCCUGGCAGGCCAUCAACGUUUUCCUACUACAUUCAGAGGAUUUGGAAUUUGUCGAGUUGUACUCUCCCAUCUCCCAACCUUUACAGUUCAUCUUCUAUAUUCUAACUAUCAUCUGUACAGUUUCAGUAUUUGACAGGUAUGAUGUGUCUGCAAUGACUGGUAAACAGUUUAAGCGUAUUCUUACUCUUCGAUCCGGGGGGAUAUCCAUACUUAUCUACUUCUCUACAUUAAUCCUUACUCUAGCUACCGGUAAGUAUAUCCAUACUUAUCUANACAAGCUGUCCCUGUUUAGCAGCAACACCUCCCUCUACACCAGCCUUAGCAAGGAGAUUCUCAACUCCGAGAUAUAUACCUGGAAGGCCCUGAACCUGACCCGCUGUAUCCUUGUUAUUAUUGGUUGGAUGUUGCUAUCUAUCCGACCAACAACUGAUCUGCUGUGUAAACAUCUUAUAUACCUUAAAUCCUACACAAGGAAUAGAGACUUGAAUAUUCAGACAGUGAAGAUGUCAUAAUGGAAGAACAUUAAAAAUUCAAAACCCAAAAAAUACUAAAAUUUUUUUUAAUUAUUAAUGACAGGAAAAAUUUUCCAAACCAUUCUUUUUUGAGUUCGAUUUGUGCAUAUGUAUUAUGUAUAUAUAUUGUAAUUUAUAAAGAAAUAUCAACAAUUUUUUAAAGAUUUAUUAAAUUGUUUCAUGCAAUCUUACUUACGGAUUUUUCUGAAAGCUGAUGGUGGAUUUCAAGUUUUAGAAUAUGGAAAAUAUUUAAAUUAGAUACGCGUAAAAAAACAUAACUAUAAUUACGUAAGUUAUAACAUAUCAUCACCAUUUUAAUCAAUAUAUAAAUUUGGCUUGUCUGUCUGUCUGUUUGUUUGUUUGUUUGUAUCCAAUAAACGUCAA